ACGAUCCUCUCCAACGUUGAGAAAGCACUUUUGAGAUUUGAAAAAUGGGUGACGAAGAUGUUGCAGCUUUGGUUAUAGAUAAUGGAUCUGGAAUGUGUAAAGCUGGUUUCGCCGGGGACGAUGCCCCUAGAGCAGUGUUCCCCUCCAUUGUGGGACGCCCUAGACAUCAGGGUGUGAUGGUUGGUAUGGGUCAGAAGGAUAGCUAUGUAGGAGACGAAGCUCAAAGCAAAAGAGGUAUUCUCACCCUCAAGUAUCCCAUCGAACACGGCAUUGUCACCAACUGGGACGACAUGGAGAAGAUCUGGCAUCACACUUUCUAUAAUGAACUACGUGUGGCUCCAGAAGAGCAUCCUGUCCUUUUAACCGAAGCCCCACUCAACCCAAAAGCCAACAGAGAAAAGAUGACACAGAUUAUGUUCGAAACCUUUAAUUCUCCCGCUAUGUACGUAGCUAUUCAGGCGGUUCUCUCUUUGUAUGCCUCUGGUCGCACAACUGGAAUUGUACUGGACUCAGGAGACGGCGUCACCCAUACAGUGCCCAUAUAUGAAGGAUACGCCCUUCCCCAUGCUAUUUUGAGAAUAGAUCUUGCUGGACGUGAUCUGACCGAUUACCUUAUGAAAAUUCUCACAGAACGCGGUUACUCUUUCACAACCACAGCUGAACGAGAAAUUGUCAGAGACAUAAAAGAGAAAUUAUGUUAUGUUGCUCUGGACUUUGAACAGGAAAUGGCAACAGCUGUAGCAUCAUCAUCCUUGGAGAAGAGUUACGAGCUCCCCGAUGGGCAAGUCAUUACCAUAGGGAAUGAGCGAUUCCGGUGCCCAGAAGCCAUGUUCCAACCUUCUUUCCUUGGAAUGGAGUCUGCUGGUUUGCAUGAAACAACAUACAACAGCAUCAUGAAAUGUGAUGUCGAUACCGCUAUGUACGUAGCUAUCCAGGCUGUUCUCUCCUUGUAUGCCUCUGGUCGUACAACUGGAAUUGUACUGGACUCUGGAGACGGUGUUACCCACACAGUUCCAAUUUAUGAGGGUUACGCCCUUCCACACGCCAUUAUGAGGUUGGAUCUUGCUGGACGUGAUCUAACCGAUUACCUUAUGAAAAUUCUGACAGAACGUGGCUACUCUUUUACAACCACUGCUGAGAGAGAGAUUGUUAGAGACAUUAAAGAGAAAUUAUGCUAUGUUGCUCUGGACUUUGAACAGGAAAUGCAAACAGCUGCAUCAUCUUCAUCUUUGGAAAAGAGUUACGAACUUCCCGACGGCCAGGUCAUCACUAUUGGCAACGAGCGAUUCCGGUGCCCGGAAGCCAUGUUUCAACCCUCUUUCCUUGGAAUGGAAGCUGCUGGUAUUCAUGAAACUACAUAUAACAGCAUCAUGAAAUGUGAUGUUGAUAUUCGUAAGGACUUGUAUGCAAAUACAGUAUUAUCUGGAGGUUCAACUAUGUACCCAGGUAUUGCUGACCGUAUGCAGAAGGAAAUCACCGCGUUGGCUCCGUCCACAAUGAAGAUCAAGAUAAUCGCACCACCAGAGAGAAAAUAUUCGGUCUGGAUUGGUGGUUCUAUCCUAGCUUCACUUUCCACUUUCCAGCAGAUGUGGAUUAGCAAGCAAGAAUAUGAUGAAUCCGGUCCUUCCAUUGUGCAUAGAAAGUGUUUCUAGGAGCUCCUGAACAUCAGCUAAAAAUCAUUACAUAUAUCAUGUACUUCUUUUACUUUAUAACUUAGGAAUGAAAUAUCAAUAAACUUUUAUCAACAUAGAAACAA